CUUUCUAGUUGUGAAGCGUGAAAGUUAAAGAUUACGUUACCCCCGAAGUGUCUAUUGGUAACGGUUCAAAGUAAAUUCAAAAUACAAACUUGUUUUUCAACUUACUUGGAUGGAGAGAAUUUCCCAUUUGUCGUAACAGCUGGCUUUACUAACCUUUGGUUCAUUUGCGUUUCGCCUUGCGGUGUAUAACGGCGCAGCUAAAUUAUAGUUAACGUUUAGAACCCCUCCGAGGAUGUGCACCGUUACGGACAUGUUAAAGCUUCAGGAUUUUAAAAACAUUUUCAACUCAGUUCUCGGUUGAGAGAAGUCGUUGCAGUGUCACUUUUUCGAGCUAAUUAUGGUAUCUGGGUUAAGGUACUUUUCUGUUCUUUCAAUGCUUCUGCAACUGAAUUCGAUUCCAGUUCGUAAAGUUUUGCCACAAACUAUUGACGGUAAAGCCUAUUGGGAAAAUCUUGGAGUAGUUCCUGACGUUAUCGAUGCUGCUCCUCCGGAAAGCAUAACUAUUGAGUAUGACGGUGGACUAGCUGUUGUUGGAGGAAACGAAUUAACUCCUACCCAAGUACAGAACGAACCUGUCAAAAUUGAAUGGUCGUUUCAACCGGGAGAUCUUUUUACUUUUUGCCUUACUGAUCCUGAUGCUCCUUCAAGAGAGGUCCCAUUGUUAAGGGAAUUCCAACAUUGGCUAGUUGUGAAUGUUCCUGGCAACGACUUAAAGAAAGGAGAAACUCUGACUACUUACCUGGGAUCUCAGCCUCCAUUGUUAUCUGGUUUACAUCGCUACACAUUUUUAGUGUACAAGCAGCCACAGUAUCUUACGUGUGACGAGGACCGCUUGCCCAACAAAACGCUGAAAGGGCGUGGAAAGUUCUCCAUACAAAAGUUUGCCGCAAAAUACAAUCUGGGCCAACCAGUUGCCGGAAACGUCUUCCUGGCCAGAUGGGAUGGACUUGUGACGCAGCUCGAUGGAGGACUUGAAAAACUUAAAGAUUAAUUUAAAAAACUCUGAAGCUGUAAUAAAUUAACUUAAUGUUAAUUGAAAACUUA